UCUCUCUCUCUCUCUCCGCCCUUUUUCAGAGAGAAAGAAAGAGGAAAAAGAGAGAGGAGGAGAACAAAAGAAAAGGGGACAGGCGUCUCCACCCAUACUCUCUCCAGAGCUACUGAUAUACAUCGGAUAAGCGGUAGCUACCGCAACGCAACACAAACGCACGGCGCGCCUCAAAAUUUCCCCCAAAAGCACCGAACUAAGGAUACUCUUAACGAUGUCCGCGGCCACCGGAGGGUACGGCGGUGGCGGCAUCGGCGGCGACGAGCUUUUCCAACCGCAGCAGCACCAGCACCAGCACCAGCACCAGCAGCACCAGCAAAACCGCGGCGGCGGUGGGCAGAUGUAUCACGUGCCCCAACACAGCCGCCGCGAGAAACUGCGCUUCCCACCGGAGGAAUCUCCCCCCACCUCUCUUCUGUUACUCCACGAUCCCCACGCCGCGCGUCCCCCGCCGCCGCCGCCGCCGCCGCAGCAGCAGCAGUUCUAUCCCCCGAACUUGUUCUCGACGUCGUCUUCCUCUACCUCUCACGAUCCCAGCAGCUUCGGGUUUGGUACGCCUCCCUCCGCCCAAUUCGUGCCCGCGAGCCACGCGUCCUUCCCCCACGUGUAUCAUCAUCACCCUCACUAUCAUCAUCACCAUCAUCAUCAUCAUCAUCAGAUCCCGCCGCUGCCGCUGCCGCUGCCGCUGCCGCUGCAGCAGCAGCAAGGGUUUUCGCUAUCGCUCUCCUCGUCGUCGUCGAACCCGCCACGUGGCGUGCCCGUGAGCGCAGGGCCGUGUGGGCCGUUCACGGGCUACGCCGCGGUGCUGAACCGGUCCCGGUUCCUCGGCCCGGCCCAGCAGCUUCUAGAAGAGGUGUGCCACGUGGGGCGCCGAGCGGGUGUAGGGGACGGAGGAGGAGGAGGAGAUGGGAGUGGCGAUGAAGGAGGGCUUCUCGAUAUGGAUCCGUCGGAGACGAUAUCGGCCGUCGAUCGCGGAUCGGACGGUGGCCAGGAGGGCCCGAUCGCUGCGGGGGUUGAGCAGCAGUGGAAGAAGACGAGGCUUAUCUCUUUGAUGGAGGAGGUCUCCAAAAGAUACAAGCAGUACUACCAGCAGGUGCACGCAGUUAUCACAUCGUUUGAAUCCGUAGCAGGACUAAGUACCGCUGCCCCAUAUGCAUCAAUGGCCCUAAAAGCAAUGUCAAAGCACUUUAAGUGUUUAAAGAGCAUGAUAUCUAACCAGUUACGCCAAACAAAUAAGGUUCUUGGGAAAGAAGGCAUAAAUAAAGAAGAUAUUUCGAGCUUUGGUCUUGUAAGUGGUGGUAUAUGUCUCCAAAGGGCGAAUAAUAUGGGAAAUUUUGGUCAGCCCCAUGUCUGGCGACCCCAAAGAGGGCUUCCUGAACGUGCUGUGGCUGUUCUUCGUGCAUGGCUAUUCGAACACUUCUUGCACCCGUAUCCGACAGACACUGACAAGCAGAUGCUGGCUAAACAGACAGGUUUAACGAGAAACCAGGUCUCGAAUUGGUUUAUUAAUGCGAGAGUUAGACUAUGGAAGCCAAUGGUUGAAGAAAUACACAAUCUCGAGAUGCGCCAGUCUCAGAAACUUCCAUCAGCCGAUAAUGACCAAAGCGGCAUUCAGCAAUCCCACCAGCCAUCAGAUUCCAGCUCAAACCCCUCAGGACAUAGUGGCGGCAUCGAUAAGAAUCAUAAUUCUACAUCCAAAUGCAUUCAAAGUGAUGUUUCCCAAAUACCCAAUAGUAACAUCCACGAGCCUAUCAACUUUGUAUACGAUGGACUGAACAGCCAACAGCAUAUUGGAGUCGGUGUUGGCCUUAACGGAGGAAAUGGCGGCGGUGUUUCUCUUACACUAGGCCUCCACCAAAACAAUCGGGUUUGCUUAGCUGAGCCACUUCCGUUGACCAUGGUUCAUCGCUUUGGCCUCGAGGAUUGCAACGAAGCUUACAUGAUGGGUUCGUUCGAAGGGCAAGAUCGGCAGUUCUCAAAGGAUAUUAGCGGUCAUUUACUUCAUGAUUUUGUUGGGUGAAACUUGUAGAACAGAUUAUCUAUAUGUUUGGGUGAGAGGGAACAUAUCGGCCCAAAGAAUUCUCCCAUGCGCGAGAAAGGUAGAGGGUUUGCUUCUGGGCAAAAGAGAAAUUGUAAGUCUAUAUAGAUGAUGACAUUUCCUUCUUUGUACAAUGUGAAUUGUGUAUCUUACUUAAUGAUUAGUUAUUAAGCUCUACAAAGGAUAUGUUAUUAAUUAAAGUAGGCAAACUGGUUGAAAUAGGAGGCUAAGUAUGCAAGUUGGGAGGCCAUCUUGUAUCCUUACAGGUGGGGAGUCUCCUAAAGUAGGGACAUACCACACUUGGUUUUGCACUUCUUUCCUCACUAGCUUUGUUUUAUCUCUAUGCAACUUUUAUCUAAGAUUGCUAAUAUGUAUUCAAUUAGAUUCAUCUCUUUGGUGGAUUAUGUGUGGAUACUAUAUCGGUUACACCCAAUCCAAUGGAAAGGUACAUUGAGUUUGGAGUCCUCUUAACUACCGGGUUUACCUUAUGAUGGGCGUUGGGUAACUGAGCCCUUGAAUAUGUCGCGUUUGAUUAGAUGUAUUGGAUGCUUGGGCCUCUAUGUAGGCAAUUCUUUGAUGGAAUCCAUGCUAUUUAAUGUAUGACUUAUGUGGGACUAGUGCUCUAUGAUGGACUAUUAUAAUAUCUGUUACUGUAUCA